UCUGUGUCAUUUAUGGAGCCCAACCUCUGACACUGAGUAACCGUGCUUGGCCCUUUCUUUCCUUUUCCCAAUAUACCCGUCUCCUAAUGUGUUUCUCUUUCUCAGUAAAGUGUGUCUUUUUUUCCCUCCUCAUGUUCAACGCAAAGACAAAAGUUCUUCUUUCACUUUGGCUGUUUGUACUUGUUGGCUUGUGAAAGACCUGCUAAAGCAAGACAAGGAAAAAAGUUUUCAUUUUUAGGUGAGUUUAAGCCCAAGAGUUAUAUUUUCUUGAAACCCAAAACCACUGCAGACUGAGAGGUGCUGGUUUUGGUGUUGGAUUCAGUGAAGUAGCACUGUAUUUUUCUGAGAUGGACCCAGAGCCAUUUAUGAUAGAGUAGUGGUGGUUUUGAAGUUGAGCAAGGAUUUUGAGCUGGUUGGAGGGUUUUGGUUUCAAUCUCCUUUCCCUCUACUUGUUUCUCACUCUUUGAGCUCAUUUCCCAAAUGGGUUUUGGUUUGUUUGGCUCCAUUUUGAUUCUCACUCUAUUCUUCGAGCUUUUGGCUUCUCAACAACCUAAUUCAGAUGGGCUCUUUGUCUCUGAGUUCUUGAAGGAGAUGGGAUUAGCCUCUUCCCACAACUUUUCUUCUCCUGUUUGUUCAUGGCAAGGGGUUUUCUGUGAUGGUGAAAAAGAACCUGUUACUGGGUUAGAUUUCACUGGUUUAGGCCUCACGGGUUAUAUUCCUGAUACAACCAUUGGCAAGCUCACAAAGCUUCGAUCUUUGGAUCUUAGUAACAACAAAAUCAUUGGCUUGCCUUCAGAUUUGUGGAGUUUAGGCUCACUCAAGAGCCUUAAUCUUUCCUCCAAUCAGAUUUCUGGGUCCCUCCCUAACAACAUUGGCAAUUUUGGUUUCCUAGAAAGCUUGGACCUUUCAAGGAAUAAUUUCUCUGGGGAAAUUCCAGCAACCAUAGGCUCCCUAGUCAGCCUGCAAGUCCUUAAACUUAAUGGAAACAGAUUUGAGCAAAGCAUCCCAGCAGGAAUUCUGAAUUGCCGUUCUCUGGUCACCAUUGAUCUUUCACUGAAUCAGCUAAAUGGGGAUCUUCCAGCUGGUUUUGGUGCUGCAUUGUCCAAGCUCAAAACUUUGAACCUUGCAGGAAAUGUGAUUUAUGGCAAGGAUUCAGAUUUCUCAGAAAUGAAAUCCAUCACUAGCCUAAACAUUUCUGAGAAUGUGUUUCAGGGUUCUGUAAUGGGUGUGUUUCAGGAACAGCUGGAGGUCAUGGACCUGAGCAGGAACCAGUUUCAAGGUCACAUAUCUCAGGUACAAUUCAAUUCUAGUUACACUUGGUCUCAUUUGGUUUAUCUAGACUUGUCUGAGAAUCAGCUUAGUGGAGAAAUAUUCCGCAAUCUUAGUCAAGCCCAGAAUCUCAAACACCUUAAUCUUGCAUACAAUAGAUUUACUAGACAAGACUUUCCGAGUAUUGAAAUGCCCUUGGGUUUAGAAUAUCUUAAUCUGUCAAGGACUAGUCUCACUGGUCAUAUUCCUUAUGCAAUCUCACUAUUGCGUAAUUUGAAUACACUUGAUCUUUCCCGGAACCAUCUUACCGGGGAAAUUCCGGUACCAAGUGUCAAAAACCUCCAGAUUAUUGAUGUUUCUCACAACAAUUUGAGUGGAGAAGUUCCUUUGUCUCUCUUAGAGAAACUCCCAUGGAUGGGGGAGUUCAACUUCUCCUACAAUAACCUAAGCCUUUGUACAAAUUUCCCCCCGGAAACUCUAGAAACAUCAUUCAUUGGUUCCUCAAGCAGCUGUCCGAUUGCUGCAAACCCCGUCCUCUUCAAAAGAAAACCUGCCAAACAUAAGGGAACAACGCUUGCUCUAGCUCUAAGCCUCUCAAUGAUCUGCUUGCUUACUGGGUUGCUAUUUAUAGCAUUUGGUUGCAGAAAGAAAACUAGAAUGUGGGCUGUAAAGCAGACCUCAUACAAAGAAGAACAAAAUAUUUCAGGCCCCUUUUCAUUUAAGACUGAUUCGACCACAUGGGUGGCUGAUGUUAAGCAAGCAAAUUCAGUGCCAGUAGUGAUUUUUGAGAAACCAUUGUUGAAUAUCACAUUUGCAGACCUCUUGUCUGCAACUUCAAAUUUUGACCGUGGUACCCUUUUGGCUGAAGGCAAAUUUGGGCCUGUUUAUAGAGGGUUUCUACCUGGUGGAAUUCAUGUUGCAGUGAAAGUUUUGGUUCAUGGGUCGACAUUGACAGAUCAAGAAGCUGCAAGAGAACUCGAGUAUCUUGGUCGAAUCAAACAUGCCAAUCUUGUUCCAUUGACAGGAUAUUGCUUAGCUGGGGACCAAAGAAUUGCUAUCUAUGACUACAUGGAGAAUGGGAACUUGCAGAAUUUGCUUCAUGACUUGCCACUUGGAGUUCAAACUGUAGAGGAUUGGAGCACAGAUACAUGGGAGGAAGAGGAUAAUGAUGGUAUUCAAAAUGUUGGCUCUGAAGGGUUGUUAACAACUUGGAGGUUUCGUCACAAAAUUGCACUUGGUACAGCCCGAGCACUGGCAUUUCUCCACCAUGGUUGCUCACCUCCAAUUAUUCAUAGAGAUGUCAAAGCUAGUAGUGUUUAUCUGGAUUAUAACUUGGAGCCAAGAUUAUCUGAUUUUGGUCUGGCUAAGAUUUUUGGCAAUGGGUUAGAUGAGGAGAUUGCUCCUGGAUCACCAGGGUAUGUGCCACCAGAGUUCACUCAGCUGGAUUAUGACUCCCCUACGCCAAAAUCUGAUGUAUAUUGCUUUGGGGUGGUUCUGCUUGAGCUGAUUACAGGCAAAAAGCCAAUUGGAGAUGACUAUCCCGAGGCGAAAGAAACGAACUUGGUGUGUUGGGUUAGAGGAUUAGUAAGGAAUAGCCAAGGGUUAAGUGCCAUUGAUCCAAAAAUACGUGAUACAGGACUAGAUGACCAGAUGGAGGAGGCCCUCAAGAUUGGAUAUCUGUGCACAGCUGACCUUCCCUCAAAGCGACCAAGCAUGCAGCAAAUAGUUGGACUUCUUAAAGAUAUUGAACCAACAUCUCAUCAGUGAUGAAAUGUGAAAAAUGGGGUAGUAUGGAAAUUGCUUUAUUCCCUUUUUGUUCUCUAUGAGUUAUUUUUAUGCUGCCUUGGGAGGGAAUGUACAGUGGUCCUGAAAUUCUGUUUUGGUUUUGAUGUCUUUCUUUUUCCCUUUCCAUUGUUGGUGGCAUAAAAGCUUAAUUUAUAUACAAAAAACGUUUGAUCUU